CCCUUUGCUGUCUUUAGCACUCUGGGUGUUAUCUGUUUGAGCUCUCGGCUGAGCAUGUUGUCAGAAUGACUUCUGUUUCUUUACACCAAUAGAUUAGUUUUAAACAGUUUUUCAAGUUAUUACAAGGUAGCUUAGUAGCGUUUAGAAGUUAGUUUUGGGCUCUACCUCCGUCAGGCUGGAGCUAUCGGAUCCAAAAAACUGGUGGAGUGGCGGAAAGUCGAGGAGGCACAACAGACAACACUCCCGAGGGGCAAAGAUGUCCCGAGAGAACCACGAUGAGAGUGUGGACCACGCUGCCCUCUUCCAGGACGUCUGUGAAGCGGAGCCCCCUGACCAGGAGUGCUACAUGCUCGUCACUAUCAACAUUUCAGGUCUGCGUUUCGAAACGCAACUUAAAACCCUCGCAAGAUAUCCGAACACGUUACUAGGAGACCCAACUAAAAGGAUGCGGUUCUACGACCCGGUGAGGAACGAGUUCUACUUCGACAGGAACAGACCAAGUUUUGAUGCGAUUCUGCAUUUCUAUCAGUCUGGCGGGAGACUUCGAAGACCCAUCAACGUGCCGGUUGAGAUCUUUAUGGAUGAAAUUAAAUUUUACGAAAUUGGUGAUGACGUCAUCAAUCGUUUCAGAGAGGACGAGGGUUUGUUAAAAGAAGACGAACGUCCCGUUCCGGCCAAUGAGUUGAAGCGUCAAAUCUGGCUGCUGUUUGAGCAUCCCGACAGCUCUGGUCCAGCCAGAAUGAUCGCUAUAGUAUCUGUAAUGAUCAUCCUGAUAUCCAUUGCUAUCUUCUGUAUAGAAACUUUGCCAGAAUUUAGAGAGGAUAACCGUGUGUUCAAUAACCACCUUGCGCCGAACGGAACGACUGCUGGAAAAAGAUCUAGUACGUUCACGGAUCCAUUCUUCUUGUUGGAGACCAUCUGCGUCGUUUGGUUUUCCUUCGAACUGUUUGUAAGGUUUCUUGCGUGCCCGAGCAAGCCCGCCUUCUUCAAAGACAUCAUGAACGUCAUAGACAUUGUGGCUAUUCUUCCAUAUUUCAUUACUUUGGGUUUAGACCUUAGCGAGGUCCAGUCAAACUCGCAACAGACCACGUCUCUCGCCAUACUGAGAGUUAUCCGCUUGGUGCGCGUCUUCAGGAUUUUCAAACUUUCACGGCACUCCAAGGGUCUCCAAAUUCUCGGCCAGACCCUACGAGCGAGUAUGCGAGAACUUGGACUGCUGAUAUUUUUCCUUAUCAUCGGGAUUAUAUUGUUCUCCAGUGCGGUGUACUUCGCGGAAGUGGACGACCCGGAAUCGUCUUUUACUAGUAUCCCAGACGCGUUCUGGUGGGCGGUUGUUACCAUGACUACUGUUGGAUAUGGUGACAUGUACCCAGUGACUAUAGGAGGCAAAAUUGUUGGAUCGAUGUGUGCCAUUGCAGGAGUUCUUACAAUCGCCCUGCCGGUACCGGUAAUCGUGUCGAACUUUAAUUACUUCUAUCACCGAGAGCACACCGAGGAGGAGCAAGUGGAAUACACGCACGUAACGUGUGGCCGCACGUUGUCUUUUGUUUGUGACCGAAAUAAAAGCGACAGUAAACCCUCUCUGUUGAAAUCAGAGCAUUCAGACGACGACGACUGGAAUUCAAUAAGCGCGUUACAUUUCAGUCCAUCAGAGGAAAAUACAAUCAAACUCACAGAUGUGUAAGAACGCGCGCGCAUUUAUGAAGCAGCAGCUGUAUGAAGACAUUUUUUCUCUAUAAAGAAGACAGAAGUUGAUACUAGGCUACCUGCAUAAACAUGCAAUGUGUGUGUGUUUUUGUCAGUAGCGGUCCGUCAGAGGCUGUGUUUUAAAAGGAACAAACAGACAAACUGAUACAAUUAACUUUUUUAUUGUACCCAUAAAUGUGCAUAAUGCAUAUGAUGUGAAUAUUUUUAUUACGAGGAAGCCCUGGUGAGUUUUAAUCACUGCACGGAAGUUACAGGACAGCAUUAUUACUAAACUGACCAAUCAGAUUAGACAUUACUUCCGUCCAAACUGCGAAAUUAGACUAAUUAAACUAGCUUCUUUCUGAAUAAUCGUUGUCAGAGAGGGAAGCAUUCAAACCAAUCAGGUUUCAGUUUCACGUUAUUGCGUCAUCAAGCCACACAAUAAGUGAUCAGGAAUUUUGAGAUGGUCUUCACUGCAGAACACAAGAUCCAGGGGGCGUGGUUGGAUCCAGAUCCAACUCCUCCCACCUUACAUAUACCUAAAUCUACCCGUCUCCAACCCCUGAUCCCUAAACCCACCCUUCUCCACCCCUAAACCUAACAAUCUCCACCCCCUAGGAUCUUACCAUGCCCCCUGGAUCUUGUGUUCUGCAGUGAGGGGCUACUGGGAAUUUUAGCCAAAAUAUAGAUUAAACACAAAUGAAUUAAGGAUGAGACUGAAUUAAAGGACGAUAUACACAUUUACCAAAAUGAAGGAGCGAAUGACUGAAUUCACACAGGUGAGUUAAUAUUAGAAAGAACGGGGCUAUUUUUAUAUUGAAUGUAUCAUUUGUGUACAUAAGCAAAAUUAUCAGUAAAUAUACAAAUAGGCUAUAUUGGUUCAUAGAUCAGUAUUAAUUUAAAAAUCAUUCUCUCAAAAUAUCCUCAGGCCGCUACUGAUUUUUGUAAUAUAUUGUAAUAUAUUUGUAAUCUAGAACUUAUUUACAUCUUAUUUAUAAAAUGUUUAAAGCUUUAAGUCUUCAUUAUGUCAUCGCCUUGUGAGAUACUGUUCUUAAAAUAUAUCUAUAAUC